GUGUGUGUGUGUGUGCGGGAGUGUGUGCGCACACGCCUUCGGGGGGCUGGAGUGCCACUGCAGUGGGCUUCUCCCUCGCUCCGGCCCUCGGGCUGCUCAGCCCCCCAACCUGCCGGCACCGCAGUUGGGAAGCAGCUUGGCUCUUUCAUCUUCCUGGGCCUCCCGCUCCACCCACUCAUCGCCAAUCUUACUUUUCCUUUUACCCGGACAGGGGGUGGGGGGACUGCUGCCAGCCACCCCUCAACCGGUGCAAACACCCAAGCCGUUUCCAGUUCUCUCCUAAGCCAGUAUUUUCCACUUCUCCUUCUCUGGGGUUUCUCCACGAACCAGUCCAAGGCUCUCCCCAAUCCUUGGAAAUUGUUUUGUUGGACCGCUGUACUGAGGCGUGUAAAGCUCGAGGACUUUAUUAUUAUUAUUUCGAUUCUUUUCAUUUCCUCCCCAUCUGGGCAACGGAGCAAUGAAAUUUCCAAUCGAGACUCCAAGAAAACAGGUGAACUGGGAUCCUAAAGUGGCCGUUCCCGCAGCAGUGCCCCCGGUGUGCCAGCCCAAGGGUGCCACUAACGGGCGCUACCCGGCCCCACGCCUCUCCAUCUCCUCCCGAGCCACGGUGGUAGCCAGGAUGGAAGGCACCUCCCAGGGGGGCCUGCAGACCGUCAUGAAGUGGAAGACUGUGGUUGCCAUCUUCGUGGUCGUGGUGGUGUACCUCGUCACAGGCGGGCUCGUCUUCCGGGCUUUGGAGCAGCCCUUCGAGAGCAGUCAGAAGAACACCAUCGCCUUGGAGAAGGCAGAAUUCCUGCGGGAUCAUAUCUGUGUGAGCCCGCAGGAGCUGGAGACGUUGAUCCAGCAUGCCCUUGAUGCUGACAAUGCAGGAGUCAGUCCAAUAGGAAAUUCUUCCAACAACAGCAGUCACUGGGACCUCGGAAGUGCCUUUUUCUUUGCUGGAACUGUCAUCACCACCAUAGGGUAUGGGAAUAUUGCUCCAAGCACUGAAGGAGGCAAAAUCUUUUGUAUUUUAUAUGCCAUCUUUGGGAUUCCACUCUUUGGUUUCUUAUUGGCUGGAAUUGGAGACCAACUUGGAACCAUCUUUGGGACAAGCAUUGCAAGAGUGGAGAAGGUCUUUCGAAAAAAGCAAGUGAGUCAGACCAAGAUCCGGGUUAUCUCAACCAUCCUGUUCAUCUUGGCCGGCUGCAUUGUGUUUGUGACAAUCCCUGCCGUCAUUUUCAAAUAUAUUGAGGGGUGGACGGCCUUGGAGUCCAUUUACUUUGUGGUGGUCACUCUCACCACAGUGGGCUUUGGUGACUUUGUGGCAGGGGGCAACGCUGGCAUCAAUUACCGGGAGUGGUAUAAGCCCCUAGUGUGGUUUUGGAUCCUUGUUGGCCUUGCCUACUUUGCGGCUGUCCUCAGUAUGAUCGGAGACUGGCUACGGGUUCUGUCCAAAAAGACAAAAGAAGAGGUGGGUGAAAUCAAGGCCCACGCGGCCGAGUGGAAGGCCAACGUGACCGCCGAGUUCCGCGAGACGCGGCGGCGGCUCAGCGUGGAGAUCCAUGACAAGCUGCAGCGGGCGGCCACCAUCCGCAGCAUGGAGCGCCGGCGCCUGGGCCUGGACCAGAGGGCCCACUCGCUGGACAUGCUCUCCCCCGAAAAGCGCUCCGUCUUCGCCGCCCUGGACACGGGCCGCUUCAAGGCCUCGUCCCAGGACAGCAUCAAUAACCGGCCCAACAACCUGCGCCUGAAGGGGUCGGAGCCGCUGAACAAGCACGGGCAGGGGGCCUCGGAGGACAACAUCGUCAACAAAUUCGGGUCCACCUCCAAACUCACCAAGAGGAAAAACAAGGACACCAAAAAGACCUUGCCCGAGGACGUUCAGAAAAUCUACAAGACUUUCCGGAAUUACUCCCUGGACGAAGAGAAGAAAGAGGACGAAACGGAAAAGAUGUUUAACUCGGACCACUCCAGCACGGCCAUGUUGACUGACUGCAUCCAGCAGCAGGCCGCUGUGGAGAACGGGGUGGUCCCCACGGACACCAAAGACAGAGAACACGAGAGCAACGCGUUACUGGAAGACAGAAACUAAAAGUUACAGGACAUCGGACUUGACGAAGCGUUGUGUUUUUUUUUUUAUAUUCACCCCGAGACAUGUGCCUUAAACAGACUUCAUGUUAGUCCGAAAUUACAUAGCAUCGAAGAAAUAUAUUUCACUGUGCCAUAAACGACUGAGAAAGCUGCUCUGCCAAAAGGAAUCAAAGAACGAGGACUUCGCUUCCGAGAGCGACCGCCGGACACCCAGGGAGCGUUCGCACACGCAGGUGGUCGUGGCCACAGAUGUCAAGGGCGCUUCGGUGGUGAUGCCGCACCCCUGUGCAGCACCGCCCUGGCGUGGCACAUAGAAAUGGGCAGCUAUUCCUUAGACCAGCCUUCUGAGAGGGACAGGCAUGUCUUUUAAAUGGAGUCUCAUUUCCUGAACCUACCGUGAGUGAUAUAUGCACAUACAGAAGGGGACCGGAUUGGGGGUGAACGGGUACCUGUCACUGGGGUUAGAGUCGACAUUCUGGCAUGUUGCUCUCAGCUUGAAUUUUGAUAUAAAACCGUUCAGUGCAUAUCUAAUCUUUCUCAGCUCCACAUGAAUGUCCGUGGGACCUGAGAGCACCUGGAGUUCGUUGGAAGCAGGUCAGAGCACACGUAUUAAAAGGUGCAAUUGCUUUCCUCAUUACAAAA